GAGAUGGUGGCUGGGGGAAGCCAUGAGGGGAGGUGGCUAUGAGGGCACUCGGAGGUGACAGCACCACAUUUUGGCUCCUGGCAGCAAAGCUUUGCCGUCUCACCGCUGGGGACCAAGGUGGCUUUUCACAGAGAUGGAGAAGUUUGGGGGUGGACGGCGGCAGACAGGAGAUGAAGGAGAUCCUGUGGCUGGAGAGGACGCGGAUUACAUUGGGCAGGGAAGGAUUACGCUGGGUGGGCGGGGGGACAUCUUUCUGGAGGUGGGACAGGAGGACUCUCGAUGGAAGAAGGCUUGCUGUAAAACAUAGGAGUCCAAGGGCAGAUGGAGGGUUCGCCCACCCCUCUGGGUGUCUGAACAACAGGCACCACUGGUGCUUUGGCUUAGAUUCCACCAUGGUCCAGUAAUGCAACCGUCCUUGUGUGCAGGACAGGAGAACAAGACAUAGGGGUGAAAUGUAGAGAGCAGGACAGUAAGUGAUGAGAGAAGGUGGUUUUUACAGCAGCGCACAUGGCUGAAACUCCCUAGGGUACAGACGGGAGGAAAGCGAGACCAUACAGUUCUGGUACAGCGACACCGACCACGCAGGAGGAACAUUCAGCCUCAUUCUUCAUGGUCCAUUACAACCUAUUAUGCAAGUUAAUCCACGAGGAAGGGAGAUGAUGCCCUGUCUGUGGACAGCAAGGCUCCUGCCUGCGCCCCAGGGGCGCGUGUGUCACCGCUCUGACCCGAGGGAGCUGCGCAGCCACUAAACCUCAUGAAAAUAUGUGACACGCUGGCUUGCUAGAUAAGAAAAUCAAAGUGUGGUGACUAAAUGAAAACAAAAAAUAGGUGUGUCCCUUAUGUCUGGUCACUUGAGGGAGGAAACGCCCUUUGCAUCAGGGUACAGCCCAGCCAUGGAGAGUGAAGGUCGCAGCUUCUGCCCGUCCCCCUCCUCCCAAACUCCAGAGUGGGGUUUCCAGGGCCAGAGCUUCUAAGGGAAAGAUGGGGGGAAUCCCGUGUCCCGAUGAAAGGCACACAUAUGUAUAUAUAACUGCUUGUACCAUGUGCUAUUUUUAAGCUCCAAGAUAAAAUAGCAUCCUAAUGGCUUUCUUCGGGAGGGUCGGGCCGCGGUUUGAAUUUCAGGGCUGUCCCAGCCUACCCUGCGCUUCAGAUCAUUGCAGGUUUAAAGAUCCCUGUCUGUCUUUAGUAAACCCGGCUCUGGAGCCUCUCUUCGGGUGCUCCCCGAGACGGGGUAGACCCUGGCUCCAGUGCAGGAUGGUAAUUCCUGUGGCUGUGGAGCAGAGAUGCUAAUAAAACAAAAAUUCAUGGGCUAUGUCAGCCCCAUGUUAGGGAAUGCGUCUGGCCUGCUUUUGGCUUCAAAAAAAACUCUGGUUAUUCACUAAGCCCUGAAUUUGUUCCCCAAAGGAAAAAUUAGAGCCCGAAGCAUAACCUUCGAUGUACAGUGGUCACACCAGAGCAAGCUCUUGGUGUUUCAAGGAGGCAGAAGUGUCCAGACUUCGCUGUGUCAAGCGACAGCGUUGGGAACUUGCCCUGGGCCCAGCCAGGCGCACCUAAUCAUUAUAAAUCAGAGUGGGCAGCAGCCCUUUAACGCCAUAGGUGUGUCCAUUAUAAACUAUACGUUGCAACAGGCAACUGUCCAUCAUACUCCAAGCUUGCAUAUUUCAUUGCACAUUUACAUUGCAAAACCUGAACUUGUAAACCCAGGGAGGUGAGCUACCAGCAGCCCAAACUAAAGCUGUGGACUUUCCCUUCCACUGAAACCAAAGUCAAUCUGUUUCUACGCCGUGCAGCAUCCCGGUCCAGCCAGCUGUCUCCCGUCACUGUUUUUCCAUGCAAGUUGCUAGCUGAUAACAGAUUCUUCUGGUUGUCUCAUCCCCGUCUGCAGCUUCUUUGUAACAUGUGGCAUUCUCCUUGCACAUCUUAAGCUGUUCUGUUUUCCUACCCCAUUAUGCAUAGCUUCUUGGUACACUGAGAACUGGGCUUCCUGGUUUUCUUACAUCCUGUCGUGCUCCAGCUGAAGCCACUUGAAUUUUUGCUGUUGCAUUGGGAAGAGCAGGAUGGAAGAGAGGGUUUCAUACAUGGCUCAGCUUGCAGCUGAAAAACAGUAAACUUGUUCCUGGCUAGAAAGAAGGAAGGAAAGGCCAUGUAUAGUGCGAGGUGCUCCUCGGUAGAGGAGUGGGUGAAUUCCUGUGAGUCUUUAGAAGUCAGCAUUGUAAAGGCAGGAUGGAAUCCCAGCUGGGCUUGUUUCUAGGUGAACAACUGACUGACCUGUUCUCAUAGCUAUUACUGUGCUUACCUGCCUAGAUUGCCCAGAAAAACUGAUAGCUACUUCAUUAUUCUACCUGAGCUUAGCAUGGCUUUUGUGGGACACUCUUUAAUAUGAACCUUCCUUGUUUUAGUUUAAAAUCUGAAGUCUGCUCUUUGCUUUGUGGGAGCAACAUUAGGACAGGCUCCAUUUGUUGCCUCUCCACAUACUUCUCCUAUGCAAAAAAUUCAGAACAUCUCAUUUAUCUUUGUUUAUCCCUCAAAAGAAUAUAACCUACUUCUCCACUUGCUUCUCCAGCUGCAUUCCCAGACUCCGUGAGUUCUCCUUCAGCUACAUUUGACCUGAAAGAGAGGGCAGCGCGAAUCACUCUCCUUGGCCGUCUGGUUGACAAAAUCUAUCUGAUGCUACAGACAUGCAGAGGAGCCUUUGGAAGGGUCAUUUCCGAAAAUGACUGCUCAUCAGUGGCAGUUGGGAAGUAAUGAACCCAAACCCUCCAUAAAGAAAAAGAACAAAUGGAACCAGAUCUAUGAAGUGUUUGGGGUAGAGAAUUGCCUCAACACUUAUUACAGCACCCAACAGACUCUCAUUUUCAGGAAAUUUAAGCGUCUCUAUGCUUUUGAAAGUGAAUGCCUGUAAGCAUCGUGGAGGAUCUGAAUACUCUUACAAAACUUGUCUGCAACUUUCACUCCCAUGCUACAGUCUCCGUGUCACUUCUAUCUCCCUAUCACAAAUUAGGCACACGAGUAGAAGUGAACUAGUCCGAGUGAGGCAGGACGCUGCUCUGGCGGCAACAAAAGCGUCAUGGGUCACUGCAGAUAUUGUCCAGCCAGACCGGGCUGUUGUGCUCGUCAGAGCUGACUCCAGCACAAUGGAAGGUCCUACGUGAGUGACCAGGGCGAGGACACGUCCCACACUCAGCAUGUGAUGCAGAGCACAAAUGUUCCCAUGUGGGAAGAGGAGAACCUGCAGAAGCUUGUGAUGAUGGAGCAGCUGAUAUUUGCAUCGGUUUUUUAGCAGAGUCUUGUCCUGGGACAUGUGGGGCAGCCUGGGCUGAAUCCUGCUCCUCUGCACUGGAGAGGCUGGCAGAGCUGAACUCUUCUCUAGGCUGAGCCUUCAUAAACCCAGCCCGGUUAUUCUGAGGCAGAAAAAUUGAGUCUGUGCUGUAAUGACAGAAUGAAAAGUCCUCAGGACUUUGUGUGUAGCCUUGAGUUACCUUUUAUAAAUAGGUUAACAGCUGGAGGGCCAAUGCUUGUUUAAAGGGAAAAGACAUACAGUCCCUGCCCCUAUGAUGUGCUCUGUCCUAAGCAAUUCUGCCAUUCUGUUGAUUUAUAUCUGGAGAUUAAAGGAUUUGCCUUUCAAUCAAAUUAUUCUCCUUAAACUAUCAAGUGGGGGAGAGAGGGGAUUGCGAUCACGUUCUCCAUUCUAUGUAGCCAUCCCUGGUAAAGCCACAGACAUUUUCUCCCUUGCUGUGCGAAACAGGCAGCUCACAGAUGACUCCUGAUCACUUUGAUGGUGCAUUGCUAUUUCUGGCCUGCUUCUGGUGCACAGGACACUCGGGGGACGAGAGCGGGUGAGAGGUCUUGGGGCCCCAAGGAGCUUCCAGCCUGAACUAGACGGAGCGUGUAACCAGGACUGACAAAAGCCGGGUGACGAGACAAGGGACGACUGUUCUGGGGAACAGCAGUCUGCAAAGAGCCCGGCUCCGCUGCGCCCUGCAGAUGAUCAGGUACGAGAUAAGGCGCAGAGAGCGGCAGAGAGACAAGUCUAGACCACUCCUGGAGGCUGCAAGGAGCAGAUGUGGGGGGAAGGCAGGAGUCAGGACGAUGACACAGUCACUUUACAAACCCGACUCGCAUGAAAUUCCCUGUGCUUCACCAAAAAGGCUGCGAGCGCUUUGGCUGGCUGGAGAAUUCCCAGGUUGUUUAUUCACUGUUUGGGCAGCGAGUCCUUGUCCAUGAACCAUGGGAAGGACGUGUGGGAUGGAGAGACGGUCCGUGCGGUGCUCACCCACAGCUGCGCAGCCGCUGCUGGUCCCAUUCUGCACACUCAUCACUUCAGACAUGCAAAUGCAGGGCGUGUAGCCCUGCAUUUCAUUUGUAUGCUUUAGCUUUAAAUAUGAGCCGCACAGGAAAACUGCAUGAAAAACACCUUUUUGGGCUAGAAGAAUCCCUCCACGUGGAUUAGAGGCGCUGUGACAUGAGCAGCACGGACACAGCUCGGCCCUUAUUGAUCAAUGCUGCUUUCCCUGCAGCUUGAGCCAGCGGUGUCGUCCCUAUGCCAAACACGAGUUAUUCAGAUACAGCACAGCAGAAGAUCUUGGUCUGUGUAGCCUGGAAGCCUCACGAGAAGCUUUUUGACAAGCUGGAGAUGAUCCUUGGAAGCCCCUCAGCUGGACUGAGCUGGUUGCCCAGCACAUUAACGAGCAGCACCGUCAUUUGCCUUUACCAGCUAACGAAGCCCACCAGCUUCGCAGGCGUAGAGCGCCGGGUGGUGGAAGAUGGGCCUUCUGGAACGUUCCAAUGCACUACCUCACCAAGAGGAGCUUUUCAGGCAUGAAAUUGGAAAGAUUUUGUGAAUGUGCUCCCAAGCCCUGGCUGCCAAACUGGAGCGGAGCAUAGGAACCAGGGAAAACCAGCUCACCCCGGGGCCGGGCUUUGCAGGUCACAUCCAAAACUGUCAUAGGGAGAAAAAGGAAGGUACUGGCUAAAAUGGGGCGUAACUGCAAGAAAGUGGCCCGAAGGAGAAGAGGGAACGUGCAUCACUGCGCUGCACGACGCGGCUGCAGCAGAGAGCUGCUCGAAUGAUAUGAAAACGGAGGGUGGAUGACAUUAGAAUUAAAAGUGGCCUGAAAAUGCUGAAGGAUGAAACUCAGUCUGUCAUAUAAAAAUGUAAUUACUGUGUUGUUAAGGCCGUGCUUUCUGAAAGAGACGAACUAAACACAGUUUCUGGGAGACUGUUUCUUCCCUUGGGGCUCCAUGGCAGACCUGGAGACCUGAUUGCGAAAUGUCGUCAUUGCCAGUAGAAAAAGACAUUAAAAAUGAUGCAGACAAUAUCCAAAGCUUAUGCUCACAGGCCACAAACUGCAAUGUUUUUCCUGCAUUUUUUCUGCUCUUGCUUUAAAAAUGGAAUGAGAGUUGGGGGAAAUGGCAGCAGCUCUCAUUGCUAUGGGAGUGAAUUCCCAUUUAAAUUCUUAUUCAUCUUCCAAAAAUGAGAGUCCUUUAGGAAGGAGGGGGGGGAAUACACUGUGGUUGCUUGGAAUAGAAAUACAACUCAUUCAUACAAAGCAUGGAAAAUAAUGAUAAUCUGCUGAAGAAAAUCUUGGCAGACCGUGAAAUUCAGACAAGGAAGGAGGGGAGAGAAGAGGCUGGAGAUGGUCGAAAGUCUGAGCAACUGCAGAAGUUCAACUCAGCAAAAGGGCUGAGAGGCAGCCCCAGAACGGCAUUGGGCAAGGGUCGGUGGUCAAACACGCUUGGGGGAGCAGGCAAAGCGAGGCUGUUGGGGGCUCGUUGCAAGUGUUAUUUUGGCAAUUAAUUUCUGCAGUCCAGAGGAAUUCCCACAGAAAAUAACAUGGCACACCUCUGUGAAUCCAGUGUAAUCUGACGCAUUCAUCAGACACGGAUCCAGGCAACCAAAGAGCCCAGCUCAACCAUUUUCAAGUUUCUGAUGAGCGGGAUGGGUCGCCGUUACGAGCGCUGGGGAGCGGCGUCUGUGUGGGAGGAAUCAAAGCCCCCUCAUCUGAACUGCUCACAAAUCAUUUGACGUGAAGAAGGUUUGCAGCAGCUGGGUAAACGAUGGGCGUGAAACACCACAAAGCGAGCGAUAAAGAAAUAAGUGAUAGAGCUUUCUGUAAAUAGAAGUCUUCAGUGCCAGCAUCAGUCAAUAAACAGAGAGUCGUACAAACAGAGUGAGCCUGGGAAAAAGAAAUCCUGGAGAAGGAGUGAAAAAGAUUACAAGCGAGUCAUGAAGACUGAAGAUCAUUAUGUGGCAAUUAACUCGUUUAAGAGCAUAGUUGAAUUCAUUGGCGACAGACGUCGGCAAACAAACCUUUAGGAACAUGAAGAUGCCAUAUGAAAGUGAAGAAGAUACUGGCUUGAAAGCCUGAAAUGACUCAAGAAUUCUUUCCUAAAUUAAAAACAACCCUCAAAAGUCAUUACACAUCAUAACAAAAUACAUGCUACUGUUGCUGCUUAACAUAAAAUCCUCCCGUCCUCAAGUAGCCCAAGUUGUGGAGUCGCUGAAGGAGACGUGCGGGCAGCAGACUGGCUGGAGGUACGUGGGACUGAUUUAACCUGGAGUUUUAGGUGACAGGAGCAAGCGCAGGUGCAACGGGGAGUUUGAAAAGCUGUGGGGCCGAUGGUGUCCAGAGAAAUGUCCCCAGGUAUUGGAGGCAUUGUGAGCGCGUCCCAGGGGGGUGACAUUCAGACUGUUCCUUCCAAGAAGAACGUCACGGCCCAUGGAAGAACCUCCCAUGGUUGUUUCCCUUGGGAGAGGAGCCUUUGCCAUGUGCAGUUCUUCGAGGCCCGUCUCACUACUAAAUCGCUGUCUAGAGAUCUCAGCACAAACACCAGCUGCUGAGCUGCAGACUGGGUUUGUGGUUUAUGCAAACCCCAAAUGGAACUGGAUGAAGCAAGGACAAGGUUCAAAUCCUGCUAACAGAGCACUUGGAAACCUCCGUAGUGCUUGGGUUUAGCCAGCAGAGAACCUUUUAAUUUAGGCUGUUUGCAUUUCUCGCGGCAGAGUUUUGGAAGGGGACGUCUCGGUUUGAAGUUGUGUCCCACGUGGACAUCUCUCCCGUGUUUUGCUAAUGGACAACUUCUGUCAGUGUCAGCCCCAGAGCAGUUUCCAAAGUCAACCGAUUAAUUGUCCUCUGUCUGGGAACAGGCUCCGGUGCCGAUUGUCUCCUCUACUCGGCCGUGGAGUCUUUACAGGAGAGAAUAAGGGCUAAUCAGUUUGUCACAACUGUCAGGAACACGGAGCUCUGCGUGCUGACAGAGCAGUGCUGCUUGUAACCAGCCCAAGCGUUUCCCUAAAACUAGUAUCUAAAUAAAUCCAUCGCUUUGGGAAAGCAUCUGCUUUUGAAUCAAAUUAUUCCAGAUCUGGAUAUUAGCGGCAUUUUUGCUAAACUUGAGCCGUCACCCUACCCGAGCAUGAUUGAGUAUUAGUCUGCAACAAAUUUCUCAGGAAACUCGAGAAGUAAAAUGCGAAACCACUGAGAAGAGCCAAAUGACUUAAAUGUCAAAUUGCUGCUUCAGCAAAUGGAAGCAGAUUUGGAGCACGGGGGAAUAUGCAAUUUCUUGGUUGAGAAGAUGAGCCAGAGCCAUAAUGAAUGUUUUGCCAAGCCUAUAUCCAGUUUCAAAAUCUUCCCACAGCCGUCCCCAAGCAGCGCUGGUGAGAAUGCACUGCUGUUAGAAAGGGAACGGGUGAGAACAGCGCUGCCCUCGCCCUGCAGCCUCAUGGCACCUCUCCUGAUGCACCCGACCAGCGCACGGCAGCACCGGGACGCUCCUCCACAUGGUCCGUCUGUCCUGCAGCCCUCAGGGCAGCGCUGUGUCUGUUCCUAACACUGUCCGGUCUGCUCUGUCUGGCACACGUCCGUGUGUCCCCAUGGGGGGAUGUCCGGGGCUCCCACCCAGCAGGAUGAUCCCUGCAGUGACACCAGACUUGUGCCACUGACUUAGGAUCACAGAUUCAUUUUGGUUGGAAGAGACCUUUCAGGUGAUGGAGUCCAAAUGUUCCCCCAGACCUGGCACUGCCCCCUGUCCUGAGAACCUCCUGUCCGUCUGUCCAGCCCUCCAGGGCUGGUGACUCCAGCACUGCCCUGGGCAGCCUGUUCAAUGCCCCACAGCCCUUUGGGGAAGAAAUUGUUCCCAGAUCCAACCUCAGCCUCCCCUGGUGCAACUUGAGGCCGUUUCUUUGUGUCCCUGUCUCCCCUCAGCUCCUGUUCUCCAGCUGAACCCCCAGGUCCCUCAGCCGCUCCAUCACUCUUGUGCUCCAGCCCCUCACCAGCUCCGUUCCCUUCUCUGCACUCGCUCCAGCACCUCAAGGCCUUUUUGGGCAUGAGGGGCCCAGAACUGGCCGCAGGGUUUGAGAUGCGAACCCUUCAGCAGAGUCUGAGCUACCGCAGCCACGGUGCAGUGGAAACCCUUCGGGACAGCCCCGACUCCUCCAGAUCAGCUGCACGGGACAGGAGAGAAGAUGAAAACGUCUGCGUGGCCAUGAUGCUCUCUUGUUGCAUCCCCACCAAGAGGCAGGAGGGUGCGAAUGUGCGAACAGCAGCGUUCCUGCCGCCCGCCAGCUCCCGGGAAACGUUCCCUGUGCAGCCCUGGGCCAGCACCCUGGCUCCCAUCCAGCCCCGGGCCAGCGCCCCGGCUCCCGUCCAGCCCCGCUCUGCACAAACGCCGCUGACAAAACCGACUCGUGCAUCCGUCUGGGCAAGAAAAGAGGCAGCACACGAGCCUCUGGCUCCGAGUCCAGCUCCUGCUUCAGGGAUACGACAUGUCCGGGUUGCUGCAGUGUGCAUCCAGCUCUGGGUCCGUGCUGCUCUGCUCAAAAGGGCUCAUGGAAAGAUGCUGUGCCAGGCAGAACAACACAGGCUCAGCAAAGCCGUGUGUGUGGGUGAGAAGGUGAAUGACACAGAUAAAAAGAAGGUGAAUAAGCCCCUGGGGCCCACUGACUCACCAAAGCACCGCGGUGCAUCCAGACUGCGGAGCGGCGAUACCCGGGUGUGCGGUGCCGGAGCCGCUCAGGAGCCAGGGAGCGUCUCGGCCCGUCCGAGCCCCCGUGUCCGGCAGGUGGAGGAGCUGGGGGCUCCACGCAGCCCACGCUGCUGGAUGGACCCAACAGGGGCAGACCUGAGCGUCCCAUGGUCCCCAGCCGGGCUCAGAGCACGGAGGCUCGCAGCAGCAUGGGGACAGGGAGGAUGGCGGGUACGGCCUUCAGCUGCUCCUCAUCCCGUGGCGCCCGAGCAUUGGCGCAGCCCGGGCCCGGCAGGUCUGCAGCAUCCAGCAAAGCCCACGCGGAAAUUCCCGGGGCGUUUUUCAACAGUUGUUUCCUUUCCAACCCCAGCACCCUGUGAGCCAAACCCUGCGCUUCACCCUUGGCCAGACCCCCCCAGACCUGCCUGCCCGGCGCUGCGGGGCUGCUCUGUCCCUUCCCGUCCCCCCGUGCUGGGGAUCAGCCCCAGCUGCCAGGACUCUGCGGGUGCCACGAGGGGCGUUGGGAAUUGUUUUCCACCAGCUCCAGCUGCUGUUUCGCACCGUGCAACAACAGCAGCGUCUCAGCCCUCCGGGACUUGGCGGCUCUGCCGCGGCCUCCGUGCACGACAGCCACUCGCCCCUUUGAACCCCGUCCGCGCUGCGGCAAUAACAAUCCUGCCUUUGUCUCCUCGGUCUGAAUGUCUUUAUUUCCACUGUCAGCUAUCCAGGCAAGAGACGGUCUCCUAGGCCACGGACACACGUUUGUUUUGCAAACAGCUGCCACAGCUCAGAUCAAACCCCCUCCGGCCGUCCCCAUCCCGGGCUGUUGUCACAGCUUCUGCUGCCUGGCGGAGCUGGUGGAUCCGGAGCUGAGAGCGGUCCCUGCUCUGCCUCAAACCCCACGGCGGGGCUUGGUGACAUGGCACACAAGGUGCUUCUGCUCCUGGAGAAGCGGCCCCGGCAGCAGGAGCGGGUCCAGAACAGCCCCCAGGAUCACGGACGCGGUUCCUCACGCUCGGUUCUGGACACGUUCCACAAUAAUACGCAGCCUUGGAAGGAGCAGCUGAGAAACCCGGGACCAGCUUGGGCACCCGGUUCCACAUCACCCGAAUUUCCCCACCGUGAAACACCAAAUCCUCUAGAACUAAAGCAGCAGCUAAAUGCAAGUGACUACAAAAUAAAGCAAUCUAGGUUAAGUAAACGAGGCGAACGUGGUAUCUACGUACAAUAAGCGGUUUCCCCUCAGACCGUGCUCGUCCAGAGGUUCUCACACCACGACAGCUGAG